AUGACAAUAUUUUUACCUCCUGAUGUCUUAAAGAAAAUAUUCCUAGAACUUCGAAAAGAUUCCUUAUCUUUACAUUCCUGUGCUCUCGUUAAUAGUUCUUGGUGUGAAACUGCAAUAUCGUAUUUAUGGUUUCAACCUUUUAAAUUAUUGGAGAAAUUACGUAGAAAUCAUCAGAAUGGUCAUAAUAAGAGAUCUUGGAAUGAGAGAGCAAAUUGUCUGAUUCAAAUAUAUGUCUCAUGCAUUCAAUAUCAAGAAAAGAUAAAUAUAUUUUCCACAGAAAGACAACGAACCACCAGACAACAAACGUGUAAUAGUAGUAAACCACCAACUUUUAAUUAUUUACAAUAUUUAAAACGUUUAGAUAUUGAAGAAUUCUCAAAUGCAAUUCUUGGAAUGGUAGAGGUAGAAAGUACUCAAGCAGCAAAACCCCAACGAUUGGGGUAUAAUAGAUUCAUAUCUGCUGCAGCCGCUGCCGCAGCAUCCUCUAAUAAUACCAGCAUUAGUUCAAAUAAAGCAAGGAUCUUUAACACAAAUAUACUUGGAAAGAUAUUGAGGAAUCAAUCAGUUGGUCUCAAAUCCUUAAGCAUUAGUAACAAUCAUUUUGAACCUUAUUCGUGGUUACACUCUUUACCUCCCAACACCAAUCAUCACCUUUCGAAUCUUUCCAAAUUUACUUGUACGACACCUUGUAAUGCAGAAUUAUAUUAUACACUUUCGGAAACUGUAAAGAAAUUAAAAAAGAUAAAAAUUUGGAUGGAUUAUCCUCCUGUAAUUAAUAAUCAUUCGAAAAAUGGAUUAGAUAGUUUAGAAGAUCAAGUGAAAGGUAUUACGGUUUUAAUUAGAUCCCAAAAACAAUUGACAGAAUUUGAACUUGGAUACUGUGGAUUAGGAUUAGAUGAUAUCGUAAUAGCGUUAAUGUCACAAGUACAUUCAUUACGUAAAAUGACAUUUUUCAAAGUUGAUUUCAAAGAUUGGAGAUCACUAUUAGAGUUAACUUCCCUUACCCAAUUAGAUGAAUUAGUUUUAAAUUCCUCUCCAGGUGUAAUAGUGGAAUCAUUUAUAAAUAGAGCGAAUAUAAGUUUGGAAGAAUUGGAAAUAACAUAUAUUCCAUAUUACACCAAUAGACCGAGAAAUCAAGAAACUAACGUAAAUAAUAUUUUUAGAGAAAUCAGUUUAAUUAAAUUGGCAAAUAAUAAUUUGGAAGUAUUGGGGAUUCACGCGUGUUGGACUUUUACUCCGGAAAAUUUAGAAUUAUUCUUGGGAUAUUUUACUCGACUAAAAAAAUUUGAAUUAUUAUGGAGUUCUUGUGUAUGUAAUGAACAUUUUAAAGUAUUAUUAAAUAGAUUUUGGUAUGGUGGCGUUGAUCGUCGUGAUUAUGAUGACGAUGAAAAUGAUUCUUAUCAAAGAAGUUUUAAGAAACGUGAUAAUAGAAAAUAUAAUAAUAGGUUCUGGAAUAAACGUUAUAUCAUAAAUAAUGAAAGUUUUGGAAAGAAUAAUGGAAAAGGAAAAGAAGUUAAAAGUAUUAGUAAAUUAGAAUAUUUAAGCGUACAAACUAGACAUAUUAUAAACGUCGAUUUAAUUAGACAAAUUCGAAGAUUUGUUAAAUAUGUUAAAGUGGUAAUGGUGGAGGAGGAUUUCGAGGAGGAUAUGUCCUCUCAAAAUAAUACAAUCAUUAUUGAUGCUGAAGAAUUAGAGAAAAGAAAGAAACGUGCCGCAAGAUUUGGAAAUUAUUUGGAUCCAAAUCAAUUGGCAUCAACACAAGAUUGGUUCAUUGAAAAAUCUCAACCAAUUAAUUUAAAAGAUUUAGGAUAUUGGGAUAAAUUAUUUUCUUUAUUUGAUGUGGUGAAAAUUGAAGAAGAUGAUUAUCAAAGACAACUAUCAUUCUUGGAUGAUGAACCUGUUCAGAGAUUACAAGAAUUGAGAGAAGAUGGAGUGAUACUUUAA